AUGGAAAAUUCCUGUGUGUCCGUGAACAUCGGUCCACCCGACAAGAAUGGCCUAAGGGUCUGUCAACUGAGUGAUUCUGAUCACACCCAACAUCCUGAUGACCUUAAUCCCCGAGAAGGAUAUUUGUAUUGGGCUUCAAAGGUACGGGAAAAAAUGGAUUUUACCUGAUGAUGUUUAUUUACCAAUUUUUGAUACUAAAAAUAUUCCUGAAAAUAAAUCUGUCCUUUUAGAAUGCGUGCUCCAGCAAGCCCUGUCCUCAAAAUAUGACCUGCAUUAAUGGGUUUACUGACAAGGGAUACAUUUGCUCAAUGUGUAAAGUUGGUUUCAUGGGAGAAAGAUGUGAACAAGGUAAAAAAAGAACUUUGUUUUUCGGUAUUUAAGUUUAUUCUGAAUUUUUUUGGUCCUCUCCUCUUUUGUACGUUCAGUUGGUAAUAAAAAUCAAUUAAUUCACACAAUAAGUUUCUUUGGGAGAACUCUCUUUCCCUAAAUUUGUUUAUUUAACAAAUAGAGAAGCCUUGACUGUGCUCUGUUCUGAUAUAAAGCACUUAGGAAGCGGCUAGAGCACGAAAGAAGUGUAGGGAGAAACACGAGACGUAGUCGAGUGUUUCUCCCCACUUCUUGAGAUGUAGUUUCUGAGGCUUGCUUUACUGUGAUGACCGGAGAUCGCCAUGAUAAGCGAACCGCGAUGGACUUCAGCAUGAUCAUAUUUGCUCAGACACCGUCAUGAUUAGUAUGAAUUUUUAACAGUUAUGCCAGUUUUGUUAUAUUUUUCAUCAUUUCUGUUUUGUUCUGUUUUGUUCUGUUUUGUUUUUGAACUCUGUACUUUAUAUACUAUACGAGUGUUGGCUGUGUUUGAUAUAUUACCGCAGUAAGCUUGCAAUCUAACUGAGUGUGAAAAUCUUUAAAACUUGGAAUGUCUAUUUUGUUUUUCCUUUGAGGAUUUUCGUAUCUGCUCACGUUUUAAAAAGGUAAAUUACGGCGCCUGGUAUGUUUACAAACCUUUUUUUGGUUCUUCUGUUUCUACUUGCCGGCUCGCUUGUUCCAAAAUUUCACUUUCAAUUAUCGGAAAGAAAGCUAAAAAGAAGUCCCGGAAAAGGUCGAACAUAGUACAAUUUGGCAGAUGGCGUGACAGCUUUAGCUCAGUUUUAUGCUCUAUACUCUCAUAGAGCACGCUCUUUCAACCAAUGACAGCGUGCGUUAUAUCCGAACUUUAUUAUAAACGUAUUUAUUUAUUUAUUUAUUUUUUGUAUUAACUUCUAUAACGUGUGUAAAAUGAGUGUGUUUUCAUUUUUGUAACAGCUCCGGUGCUCCAUGAAUGGUUUUUUUAGAGGAAGCUUUUCAUAUAUAAUUUUUUUUAAAUAAUUACAAUAGUUAAAACAAACAAAACGAAGCAGAAAACCCUCUUACCCCAUGGAUGCCUUCUUUUCCUCUGGAAUUUUCUUUGUAAAGCCCCGGAAAGCAUUGGAGUGAAGUACGAAAAUCUCGUAACUGUGGAAUGGGCUGGACUUUGUGUCUUUCCAUAUUAAUCAGUUUCUAUACCUGGCCCUCUAUGAUAAUGUGAGUUGUUAGCCAUUCCUCUGAGUGAUACCUAAUUCAGUAGUAAACCCUUUGGAAUUCAAGAGAGUUAUUUCUACUUGAGCGUUUUCUUUCAUUCGAAGAUAAUUAUAGUUUAACAUCAUCUACUUUUUUGUUCUUCUUUCAGAUAUAAACGAGUGCAUCAGUGACACUCACGGUUGUCAUUAUAAUGCAAGUUGCAACAACACAUUUGGUUCAUACACAUGCAAAUGCAAGCCAGGAUUUAGUUGCAGUUAGUAUGACAGAUGUUUUGAUUGUUAAUCAGUGCAACGUCUAUACAGUAAUUAUAUGGAAACAGACGAGAUUCUCAUCAACCAACACCACAGGUUCAUAACCAACAAGUCGUGUAUAAGUUGAUCAAACCAUAAUUUGAAAUAGCUUGCAUUAUGAUAUCCUUUUGGAAAAAGCCAGAUUUUCAUGAAUAUGUUUAACCAAAUUUCCAAAUUUCCAAAUUAUGUCAUGUUUUCGAUUACUUCUACUACUACGUUCUUAAAGAGUUUCAGAGUUAAAAAAGAAUAAAAAUAAUAAUAGUAAUAAUAAAAAAAGGAACAGGCAAACAAACAAAAUAUAACAAUAGAUUACAUCAAGAUUUUUAUCUUUCUCAAUUUAAUGAAAGAACGCGUGAUAUGAAAAAAUGGUUCAAGUAGACUUUUUUAUCCUUCAGCAUUUCAAGCCGUUUUUACAAAUCUCAAUGCCACUGGAAGAUAUGGUCCAACGACGUUGGGUAGCCACUACACAGGUCAGGAUCAUGAUGGACAAGUUACACUGUCCAGCGGUAUUCAACAAUGGAAUGUGCCGUACACUGGUGACUACAGAAUAGAAGCGAUCGGAGCAGCAGGAGGGUACGAUCGAUUUCGAAGCAGUGCUCAGUACCGAGGAAGAGGAGCAAUUAUGAUGGGAACAUUUCGCCUAAACAAGGGUGAAGUCAUACAAAUAAUUGUUGGUCAAGAAGGAGGAGUAAACAAGCUGAGGUGGUCUUCUGGAGGUGGUGGAGGUACAUUUGUAGUGAGAGGAGCCAAUACACCUUUGAUGAUAGCUGGAGGCGGGGGAGGCGUACGAAGAGUUGAAUCAAGACAUAAAGGAUGUGACGCCAGCACACAAACAGCAGGGAAUCCUGGAUACAAAUCAUGGUCAGGGGGAAGCAAUGGACAUGGUGCACGGACUUCUGAUAAUAGCUCUCAUUCAGGUAAAAAUAUAUUGUCA